GAUUUAUCUGCAACUUUCCUGCUGAAGUAGAAGAAGAAGAAGAAGAAAAACAGGAACAAAUCAAUGGCUGACGUUGCAGUGGGUUUUGUGGUGGAGAAACUUGGUAAUUUGUUACUGCAAGAAGCCAUCAAUUUGUACGGAGCAAGAGGCGAAGUGGAGUGGUUGAAAGGAGAACUGGAGACAAUGCAGUGCUUCUUAAAGGAUGCAGAUGCAAAGAAGAACAAGGGAGAUGAUGAGAGGGUCAAGAACUGGGUCACGAAAACGAGAGAUCUGGCUUUUGAAGCUGAGGACAUCAUUGACACUUUCAUGUAUUACAAGCUGCGUAGACAACAGAAGCAGCCUGGUUGCAUUGGUUUCAUCAAGAGGUUUGUGUUUAUAUUUGAUGAAUUGAUCGGUAGACACAAGGUUCAUGUGGAUGUUCAAGGGAUAAAAACCAGGUUGCUGGAGCUAUCUCAAAAUAGAGAAGUAUAUGGCAUUUCUAAUAUAGGUGAAACAAUUGGCACAACUAGUCAGCCUAGAAGUCAAAAUGUGAUCCCUAUAUUGCCUCAACUGAGAGAUGACAUUGAUAUGGUUGGCUUUGAUGAUGAGAAGAAAAAGAUUGUGCAAGAGUUGGUUGACGUAAAUAUUACAAAUCAGUCAGUGAUCUCUAUUGUGGGUAUGGGUGGUCUGGGAAAGACCACACUUGCUAAAUCUGUUUAUAAUGAUUUUGAAGUCAAGAGAAGUUUUGAUAUAUUUGCAUGGGUAAUCAUAUCUCAAGAAUAUACCAUCCAUGAGGUUUUGAAGAGAAUCUCAUCAGAAGUUUCAGCAACUCCAUCAGCUGACACAAUCCAAGACCUCUCAGUUGCUAUUUCUGAAAAAUUGAAGAAAGGCAAGUACUUGAUCGUUCUUGAUGAUGUUUGGAAAGAAGAUGCAUGGACUGAAUUACUAAAGGUCUUUCCAGAUGUUAAUAAUGGAAGUAGAGUUAUUAUCACCACUCGCUUUGUAAAUGUUGCUAAGAUCGCAAAUCCUACCAUCAAACCACAUGAAUUGCGUUGCUUAGAUGAAAGGGAGAGUCUGGAGUUGUUUCUUUGCAAGGUUUUCCCAAAUCAAAAUACUGAAACAUGUUGCCCAACAUAUUUGGUUGAUUAUGCUCAUCAACUUGUUCAAAGGUGUGGGGGUCUACCACUAGCACUAGUAGUUCUUGGAGGACUUGUCUCAACAAAACCACAAACCCAUGAUGCAUGGCGGAAAGUUGUUGAGAGCAUGAAAGGGCAAUUUGUGGAAGGUGGAGAAAUGUGUUUAGAAAUUAUUGCAUUGAGUUAUAAUGAUUUGUCAUAUUACUUGAAAUCAUGUUUUCUUUAUUUUGGUUGCUUCAAAGAGGACAUGACUAUUGAUGCAAAAACAUUAAUUAGGUUGUGGUCAGCAGAAGGUUUUUUACCAGUGAAAAAUGGUAAAACCACAGAAGAAGUUGGAUUGGAUUGUCUGGAGGAUUUGGCACAAAGAUGCAUGGUCCAAAUUACUGACCGGGAAUAUGAUUGCAGUGCAAAUCGUUGCCGAAUCCAUGAUGUCUUGCGUGAUGUGUGCAUUAGGGAAGCCAAAGAGAAUAGAUAUUUUGAAAUCUACAAAAAUAAUGACACUGUAGAUUAUGUGACAAUGUCAAAUGCACCCCGACGACUAGUCAUAUGUAAUGAGAUUGACAUUCUAAACUAUUCUAACUCAAUGUUGCGGGGUCUAUUCUUUGGUGUCGGAGGAUUUGGUAGUCAUCUGGCUUUCAGUGGUUUGAAUGGACAGCUUGGCAGAUUUAAAUUAUUAAGAGUGCUUUGUUUGUAUACCACGGGUAUCUCAGAAUUUCCCAGUGAAAUCAAAUCAUUAAUUCAUUUAAGAUAUCUUGAGUUCAGUUAUGAUGUGAAACUGAAGGAAGUUCCAUCAUGGAUUGGUCAUCUCCGCAAUCUCCAGACUUUUAUUCUACGUAAUGGUGGAAGUUUAGAAAAGAUAUCAGAUUCACUCUGGACAAUUGGCAAUCUCAGGCAUGUUAAUCUACCAAGUAGGACACCAUGGGUUCCUCCUCCAAAUAUGGGAAAUAAUGUACCAAAGAAUUUGCAGACUUUAAAAUGGGUAAAAGCUGGAUCAUGGAUAGGGAAUACACUUCCAAAGCUCACAAACCUAUGCAAAUUGGGAAUUCAAAGCGUCUCUAAUGAUCAUGCCGAUGCCCUAUCUUCAUCACUCCAGAAAUUGGGUCGUCUUGCCUCCUUUACUAUAUUUGAUGGACAUGAAAUUCCUUUGAACGACAUCAUUACAGCCUUUUCCAAUCAACACUGCCUAAAGAAAUUGUUUCUCGAAGGAAGUUUGAACCGCAAACAGCUUCCACACAAUGAUGUAUUUCCUCAACAACUAGUGGAACUACAUCUGGAACAUUCUGGAUUGGAGCAAGACCCAAUGGCAACACUAGAGAAGUUGCCAUGUCUCAAAUAUCUAUAACUCUGGGGUGAGUCAUAUAGAGGCAAACAGAUGAUAUGUUCGGCAACAGGUUUCCCUCAACUGUUAUCCUUGAAAAUUCUGUUUCUUAACAAACUUGAGGAGUGGAAGAUAGAGGAGAAGGCAAUGUCAUGCCUCAAAUAUUUGGAAAUCUAUGAAUGUCAAAGAUUUAAGAUGAUUCCAGAAGGACUGAAGAAUGUGCCACUUGAACAAUUGACAAUUAUUGGAAUGCCUGAAGAAUUUAAAACUCGGAUAAAGGAGAAUACAGGAGAAGACUGGUACAAGAUACAACAUGUGCCCAACAUCUCCAUUCGAUAAUUAAAACAUAUGUAAUGCGCCAUGGAUAAUAUGUUCAACUGUUAGCAGCCUUCAAAAGGAGCGGCGCAAGUGAGGAGUGCUUUUGGACUUAAAAGGAGCUCCAUAUAUUUAUAUAUGAACUCUACUUCAAUUAAUGUUUGUGUGGAUGAUUAUGAUUUUAUUUAUGUAAUGUUAUGUGGGUUUACUUUGUGGUUGUAUUCCCAGACAUGUGUGUGUAUUUGUGAUUUUAUUUUGUAAUGUAAUUGGGUUUGAUACUUUGUCAUUUUAUAUCUAUUUAAGUGUGCUACAA